UUAUCUUAUAAAGUUAUGCUGCAUGGUCGCUGAGCUCUUAGAACGAGUUUUAGCCUUGCCUCGUACGAUACAAUAAUCAUAGUUCUAAUUGGUUUUGAUUAUUUUGAUAAACAUAAUAUAAUGAUAUUCGACUUGUACGAUAUUCCGGUUAUUGUAGUAUUCGUCCUUUUGGCGAUGUAUUUCGAAAGUAAGUGGAUUGUCUGGCUUUUUUCAUCCGCAGCGAUUUUUGUGUUCUGCGCCUUGGUAUAUGAACACGUGUUCCAGAGAAAAACAAAAACUAUUAAGAACAAGCAUGUGGUCGUAACCGGUGGCUCCAGUGGCAUUGGAAAAUGCAUAGCAAUUCUCGCUGCAAAGAGGGGAGCAAAUGUAACAAUAAUAGCGAGGAAUGUGAGAACUUUAGAGGAAGCAAGAUAUGAAAUACUACAGGCAUGCGAAAAUAAAGACACACAAAGGAUAGAAUACAGAUCUUUAGAUAUCGGAGCAGAUUAUGAAACGGUCGAGAAAACAUUAACAGAGUUGGAGACUGAUAUGGGACCAAUUUACAUGCUUGUAAAUUGUGCUGGUUUAGCGCUUGCUAGCAAAAUAGAAGAUACUACUAUAGAUACUCUCAAUACAAUGAUACGCACAAAUUUCCUAGGGACAUAUUACUGCAUUAAAGCUGUGGUGCCAAGAAUGAAAUUUUUCAAAGAAGGAGUGAUUGUACUUGUAUCAUCUCAAGCUGGUCUUCUAGGUGUCUUUGGAUACACAGCCUACUGCAGCACAAAAUUCGCACUCCGUGGUUUGGCAGAGAGCUUGGCGAUGGAACUGAAGCCGUACAACAUUUCCGUUACUCUGUCUUUGCCGCAGGAUACGGACACACCUGGUUAUGCCAUCGAAGAGUUGUCAAAACCGCCAGAAACGAAAGCCAUAUCGCAAGUAGCAAAAUUAAUCCAGCCCGAGAUUAUUGCUGAGAAAACUCUCGUGGAUGCAUUGGCAGGAAAUUUCUUCUCUACUGUUGGUCUGGAAAGUUUUCUAGUGGCAACGGUGUGCGCAGGAUUAUCACCGGUUCGGUUAUUUCGUCAAUUGUAUAUACAAAUGCUUUUAAUGAGCCCAUUGAGGUUUGUCGGCGUGAGCUGUCUCGCCUAUUUCGAUAGAAUCAUCGCAAAAUACCAGUCUCGAAAAUUUUGAAGCUUUAAAUUGAGUAAGAAGGGAAAUCCAUGAUUAAGAGAUUGACAUUACAUUCCCUUUUAACCAAAACAGGUAUCAUUCUCACUUAUAGUUUUAACAGAUUUUUUAGUUCCAUAACGACCGCGUUGGUAAUAUCACAGAACAAUUUAUUUACAUAUAUGUUUGCAUUUUAUUUUAUUUUUUAACAAAUUACUGUCUUAUUUUUUUCACGAAGAGAAUGAGCUUACUUUAAAAACAGUGAUAUGUAUAAUAGUAUAAUACACAUGCGUGAUUGUAAAGAUCUUAUCAUAUGUGUGCAAGUACAUAUAUUUACUGAAAAAAAUUGUUAAUUUGAUUAAAUUUUCCUACUUGAUUAAAUUUCUUCAGUUUAAGUAUUUAUGGAUUUAUCUUAAAUACAUAAACUAUUUAAAGUUAAAUUCACAUAUUUAUAAAUUAGAUUGAAAUAUAUAAAUACUUAAAUUGAAAAGUUCAGUCAAAUUAACAACUUUUCUCUCAGUGUAUGUUAAUAACGUUUGUACACUGCUAGAAAAAUAUAUUCUAUUUACGACUA